UUUACAUAUCCAAAUCCAACUGUCAUCAUACGAUUGUUGUUUGCUUAGGUAUUUAAAUCUCUAUAAACCGUGUUUUAUUACGCCAAAGAACUUUGUUAUACAGUGAUGUGAUGAGAUUAACGCAAAGGUUGAGGUUGCUGCAGUUUAAUGGUUUAAUUUUUACAAGUAGGUAAAACAAGUUAAUUAUGAAUGAGAAAAAAGAACAGUUUAUACAGCCUGAUGGUGGUUAUGGAUGGGUUAUUGUGGCUUCUAUAAUUCUCAUAAACGCAUCACUUUUGACACUGGUACAAAACUUCGGCAUAAUCUACCAGGAUGAAUUUCAAACAAUGGGAAUCACUGCUGCACAAAAAUCAUUUUUGUUGCAUCUACACAGCGCGAUCUUAUGCGUUAUGGGAUUAUUUACGAGCCCUUUGCUCAAAAAGUAUUCCUUCAGGUCGAUCGCUUUAAUCGGUGCCAGUCUCAUGUGUUUCGGCAUUUUUUGUAGCAGCUUUGCCAAAUCUUACGAGACGCUAAUUUUAUGUAUAUCCGUCUGUAUUGGUUUUGGCCAAGGAAUUCUGAUGCCAGCAACUUACUUAGCGACCAACACAUAUUUUAAGGACAAAUUAACCAUAGCAGUGAGCAUAUCAGUAACUGGUGCAGGUUUAGCACCCACUUUCAUGCCAGUAGUUUGUGUAUACCUUUUGAAAACGGUUGGAAGGUCGUACACAGUUUUGGUUUUGUUUGGAAUUGCUCUUAUUUCCAUACCAUGUUGUUUACUUUUGAAGCCAAUCAAACAUGAGAUGGUGGAAAAAAUGUUGCCGAAAGUCGAACGUAAAACUGAUUCUGUUUAUAAUGAGACCACAAUAAAGAAGGAAGAGGAAAGUAUAACAAAAAAACUCAAGGGUUUAUUCGACGUGGAAUUGCUGCGACAAAGAGACUUUAUGCUCAUAGUGGUUAUUUUGAGUAUGUCUUUUGCAGCGGAGUUAAACGUAGUGCAUAUGAUUCAGUUCAUUUUGCCCGAACUUGCACACUUUAAAGAUUCGGACGUGGCUACUGCAUCCAUCAGUCAAUCAGUAGCUGACAUAGCUGGUAGAUUGUUUAUUCCUUUAUUAGCGCACAUGUUGAAAGUGGCACCAAAAGUCAGUUACUCCUUGGCCCUGAUACUUGCCACAUGCGCUAGAACUGGGAUUGUUGUUAUGCGUGAUUCCUAUUUUUCUGUGAUGUUAUUUUGCUUCUGUUUCGGACUGUCAAAAGGAGCGAGAGCAGUUUUCCAAUCGGUAAUAGUACCGAAGUUUGUGGCUUUUGAAAAACUGCCGGUUGCUAUAGGCAUUAAUAUGCUACUAAUGGGUAUUGCUACCCUGAUUAUUGGACCUACAUUAGGUUUGGUACAUGACUUAACACAUUCCUAUGUAUAUUCACUUCACGUCACAUCGAUUUUGUGUGUAAUCUGUGUACUAAUGUGGACUAUUGAAUGGUUAUUUUGGACUAGAAAUCAAAAACAAGAGGAGAAUAUAGACGAAAAUGUUCAAAUUUCAUGAAUUGCUCACAUUUUUCAUUAAGACUGU